CCAUGCCAGCUUUUCUUUAAAGCCGCACUGCGAGAGUGAGGGGAGAGGGAGGGAGAAGAAUGGGGAAUGAGGAUAGGAACGAGGUGGCGAUGGCGGAGAACCCGAGGAAGGAAGAGACCGGGCCGGUGUCGGUGGAGCGGGCGUUCGAGGGGCAGCGGGUGCCGGGGUGGCGGGAGCAGCUGACGGCGCGGGCACUGGUGGUGAGUUUCUUCCUGUCGGUGAUGUUCAGCGUGAUCGUGAUGAAGCUGAACCUGACCACCGGCAUCAUCCCCUCCCUUAACGUCGCCGCCGGCCUCCUCGGGUUCUUCUUCGUCAAGCUCUGGACCAAGGGCCUGGAGAGCACCGGCCUCCUCCGCACCCCCUUCACCCGCCAGGAGAACACCGUCAUCCAGACCUGCGUCGUCGCCGCCUACGGCCUCGCCUUCAGCGGUGGUUUUGGAAGUUACAUUUUCGGCAUGAGUUCAAGAAUUGCAGACCAAGCAACAGAAGAAAAUAAUUCACAGAACAUAAAGGAACCAAAACUCGGAUGGAUGAUCGGAUUUAUGUUUGUGGUUAGCUUUCUUGGACUAUUUUCUCUUGUUCCCCUCAGAAAGAUAAUGAUCAUUGACUACAAGCUGAUCUAUCCAAGUGGUACUGCCACUGCAUACCUUAUCAAUGGCUUCCAUACUCCUCAGGGUGAAAAGCUGGCCAAAAAACAAGUCUGGACAUUAGGCAAGUUCUUUGUCAUUAGCUUCCUGUGGGGAUUCUUUCAGUGGUUUUAUACUGCUGGUGACGAUUGUGGAUUUGCAGCAUUUCCUACACUUGGUCUUAAAGCUUAUGACAACAGGUUUUUCUUUGAUUUUUCUGCUACUUAUGUCGGAGUUGGAAUGAUCUGCCCGUAUAUGGUGAAUAUAUCUGUUCUCCUUGGAGCCAUCCUUUCUUGGGGAAUCAUGUGGCCCCUUAUAAACAAUCAAAAAGGCCACUGGUAUUCAGCAAGUCUCUCACCGACCAGUCUUCAUGGAUUGCAGGGUUACAGGGUCUUCAUAGGCAUUGCCAUGAUUCUCGGUGAUGGCCUCUAUAACUUCUUGAAGGUCCUACAUCGAACAACAUCAGCCUUCAUUACCGCAGCACGGAAGCGCCCCACAACCACUCUCCCUGUCUCAGAUGAUGACCGCCCUGCAACAACACCCACUACGUUUGAUGAUGAAAGGCGAACUGAGGUCUUCCUUAAAGAUCAAAUCCCAAAGUGGGUGGCAUUUGGGGGCUACAUUGCGGUUGCCAUUAUCUCCAUCAUUACACUUCCUCACAUCUUUCCUCCGCUCAAGUGGUAUUUCAUCUUGGUUGCCUAUGUUUUCGCCCCAGUUCUAGCUUUCUGCAAUGCCUACGGUUGCGGCCUCACGGAUUGGUCUCUGGCCUCCACCUACGGAAAGCUUGCUAUCUUCAUCUUUGGAGCCUGGGCAGGUGCCUCUCAUGGCGGUGUGCUUGCAGGACUGGCUGCCUGUGGUGUCAUGAUGAACGUUGUAUCCACCGCAUCAGAUCUCAUGCAAGACUUCAAGACCGGAUACUUAACUCUAGCUUCUCCGCGGUCCAUGUUCGUGAGCCAAGUCAUCGGCACUUCCAUGGGUUGUGUGAUUGCUCCAUGUGUUUUCUGGCUUUUCUUCAAGGCCUUCAAAGACAUCGGCAUGCCCGGCAGUGAAUACCCAGCACCUUACGCCAUUAUCUACCGAAACAUGGCAAUACUUGGAGUCGAUGGCUUCUCGUCGCUGCCAAAACACUGCCUCACUCUCUGCUACAUAUUCUUCGCCCUAGCCAUUGCAAUUAACUUGGCAAGAGAUUUGUCUCCCAAGAAGGUGGCGAGGUUUAUUCCGAUCCCCAUGGCGAUGGCUAUACCUUUCUACAUUGGAUCAUACUUCGCCAUCGAUAUGUUUGUGGGAAGCGUGAUACUAUUCGUUUGGGAACAGUUGAACAAGGCCAAGGCAGAUGCCUUUGGUCCUGCAGUGGCAUCUGGAUUGAUCUGCGGCGACGGGAUAUGGACUCUACCGCAAGCAGUCCUCGCACUUGCUCAAGUGAAGCCACCGAUAUGCAUGAAGUUUCUAUCGAGGAAAAUGAAUGACAAAGUCGAUGUGUACAUCGGAACCUUAUCAUAGUACCUCCCUCCAGGGAAGCAAAGGGGAAAACAGGAUGCCCCUCAACUUCAGCAUUUUAUAAGCCAAAUCUAUGCAUCCCCACAAGGAAGAUGCCACAGGUGGAUUGCGCUGUGAUUAUGUCCAGAGUUACUUUUAUCUGAUGUCUAGUGUUUUCCUUUUCUAGUGGAAGAACUCAUAGAUCUGUGAUUACACUUUGUGCUAC